AUGGCCAGAUUAUUACAGGCCCUGCUGCUCCUGGUGAUCACAGUGGGCCUUGUGUCUAGGAGGGUCCAAGCCUGGGGCUCACCGAAGAUUGUGAGGCCAUUUGAAGACAUCCCCGAAACCUAUGUCUAUGUGCAGCAAGCACUCUGGUAUGCCAUGAAAGAGUAUAACAAGGCCAGCAAGGACCUGUACAAUUUCAAGGUGGUGAACAUCCUAAAAUCUCAGGAGCAGAUUACAGACAGUCUGGAGUACUAUCUUGAAGUAAACAUUGCCCGGACAAUGUGCAAGAAAAGUGUUGGAGAAAAUGAAAACUGCUUGCUUCAACAAAAUCCUAAAAUGAAAAAGAUGGUGUUUUGCAUUUUUAUUGUUAGAUCCAAACCAUGGAAAUUUGAACUUAAAAUGCUGAAGAAACAAUGCAAAGAUAUCUAA